AUGACUGAUGCAGUUCCUAAUAUUCGAUGUCAUAUCGUGACUCAUUCUUUGACACAACGUGUGUGUGUGUGUGUGAAUCUUGAAUUUCGUUCUCACUUUUGAACUAUGUCAGUACACUUUUGUGUCGAAAGACAUUGUAUUUGAAUCACAAGUGACAUAACCCAUUUAUUUCUGGGUUUUAAUAACAACUCAAUUGGGAUGUCUGAACUGGCUUGUUGCGUUGGUUGAAAUCCGGUUCUAUCUUUUGGGUAAGGCAUUGCUUGAGAGUGAACUUCAAUGGACUCAGCUUUGAAUCACCCCGAGUAUGAUUACUUAUUCAAGUUGUUGAUGAUUGGGGACUCUGGCGUUGGGAAGAGUAGCCUACUUUUGAGUUUUACAUCUGAUACCUUUGAAGAUCUAUCGCCUACAAUAGGUGUUGAUUUCAAGGUGAAAUACGUCAACAUUGGUGGCAAAAAGCUGAAGCUUGCAAUCUGGGAUACAGCUGGUCAGGAGAGAUUCAGAACAUUGACAAGUUCAUACUACCGAGGUGCACAAGGGAUCAUUAUGGUUUAUGAUGUAACAAGGAAAGAAACAUUUACAAACCUCUCUGAGGUGUGGGCCAAGGAAGUAGACCUCUACUCAACAAAUCAAGACUGCAUCAAGAUGCUUGUUGGAAACAAGCUUGAUAAGGAAAGUGAUAGGGUCGUGACAAAGAAAGAAGGAAUCAACUUUGCUAGGGAAUGUGGAUGUCUAUUUAUUGAAUGCAGUGCAAAAACUCGAGUGAAUGUACAGCAGUGCUUUGAAGAGCUUGUUUUAAAGAUAUUGGACACACCUAGCUUACUAGCUGAGAGCUCUAAAGGGACUAAAAGGAACAUCUUUAAAGAGAAGCCGCCCCAGUCCGAUGCAUCCACAAGCGGUUGUUGUUGACUCUGAUCCUCUCCAAUUUCUCCAAACUCUGGAUCUCAAACAUAUCUUGGUUUCUUCUCAAUCCUCGAAGACAUUGUGUUAUUACAAAUAUGAACGAUGUUAAUUGCAAAUUACAUGUAAAAAUCGUGAAGCGAGCUUUGUAUAAAAGGGUUGUGAGUUCCAAUAAUGAUAUUGAUUCCCGUCGUGAAAUCUGUUUCAAGGUUGAUGACUUAGCAUGUGUUGGAUAUUUCACUUGUACAGAAUGUUGGCCAACUCAUAAGCAUACGUACCAUUAUGUGUACCUUAUUUCCCUA